CACUUGUGGCCAUACUGUAUCACAAUAGCGAAUUAAAAACAACAUUGCAAAGCGAAAACGCCCCGAAAACAAUGAUUAUGGAAAGCAAUUAGAUAGCUGCAAAACGCAUCAAAAUGAGCAAACACAUCUGCACCCGCUGGGCCUUUGACCUGGGCAGCUGGAGGCCGACACUUCCUCAACUGAGCCAGGCGGUGGCCUCAAUUCAACCGGAGGAACGAGUUCGGCUCAUGAAGUUCCACUUCAUCGAUGACUUUCUGUCCUCACUAAUUGGCCGCCUUUUGAUGCGGAAAUAUGUGAGCACCUGCAGUGGAUUGCCGCCGCCGGAAGUUAAGUUCGCCCGGGAUGUGAGGGGUAAACCCUACUGGGUAAGAGAGGGCUACGAUGGGCCACCUCUAAGCUUCAAUGUCUCGCAUCAGGGAAGACUGGUUCUUCUGGCUGGCAUUACGGGAGAGAGCAGUGAUCCCGACUUUGGAAUCGGCACAGAUGUUAUGAAGAUCGAGUACAGUGGUGGCAAGUCGCUGCCAGAGUUCUUUCGCCUGAUGAAGAGCAAGUUUUCUACCGAUGAAUGGAGCUAUAUUGGAAAACCACAUCAUGAUGAGCGAGAACAGGUUAAAGCCUUCAUGCGUCACUGGUGCCUCAAGGAGGCGUACGUCAAGGAGCUGGGUGUUGGCAUCACUGUGGAUCUGCAAAGGAUCAGCUUCUCUGUGGACAGUACUCGAAGUUUGGAGACGGACGUUUCCCCUCUAAUCGGUACCAGCCUGCGUUGCCACGACAAACCUAUGGACAAUUGGCAUUUCGAGGAGCAUUUACUGCAGGUGGACUACUGCGCUGCCAUUGCAUUCCGGAAUUGCUUGCCACAAGAGCACGGAAGGUUUAAGUUCCUUCGAGUUGAGGAUCUUCUCGUGAAGAGUGAAGAGUCGGAACUGGAGGAAGUGAUCGCCUACUGCCAAAAGGCGCUUCUUAAGCCCUACAAACGAUCAUGAUGUCUAAGAACUAUGCGGAAUCUAAGCCAAGCAAACGUAGCUCCUAGAAACAGCGUUGUUAUCCCUAGAAUAAACAUGCUUUAUAUUUUCACAAUAGUUGUGUGCCCGAUUUGGAAUAGUUUGUAAUCCUUGUGUUGUCACGUUGCGCUCAACCCCCCAUAAAACAUCGUCUCUUUGCCUGGCACUGGAUAAACAAACGCUACGAAACGAAGCCGGAAAUAUGCUUAAAAGGCCAUAAACCGAAAUUUAGGAACCCGUAACUGGGACUCAGACAGGAGCCAGACAUUGGUUUUGGUUGAAUUUAUGCGCCAGCAGGCAGGAUAACCAUCCGCAAGGGUAGCACUGAAUGGCUCGUUUAUUUGAAUUAUUUUUGGCAUUGCCGAAAGUUUUAUCGAUGGGAACACGAUGGCUGGCUGAUAUGCCCGUUGCCAACGGAGGACAAAGGAAACUUGAAUGCGGUAUAAAAAUAUUGGGGAAUGGAAUUUGCGUUGAGAAAUCGCAGCAGUCUGGACUUUCUCACACUAUUUUGUCACACCUGCUUGCAAUUUGGCGCGCAGAGCAAUUAAAACAAAGGCACACGACUGCAAUUGUUUAUGCUUAACCAUUUGCGAACUCUCCCAUUUUGUGUUGACACCAACUCAACCCUCGGGUUGCCCAAAUCCUUUCCUUUCGUUUUUGGCAGGGGUUGAUCCUUGUUCUGAAGGACCUCGACCACUUGCAGCUGUCAAUCGCGAUCGCCCCUAAAUUAUGGUUUAUUAAUUGAAAACACCCCCUGCUAGAGAUUUGGCGUAAUUUUAAGCCCUUAACCCUUAGUUUUCGGCAAUUAUAGAGCGUAGACCCCCAUUUGUUUGCCCACUUAAGGUUUAUUUUAUGUUGCUUUUGUUUUGGUUUAAAUUGUAUCAUUUUUAUUUUAUUGCCCAUCAUCCCAUGACCAUUUGC